AUGACAGUGAAAGAGCAUAAGGUUGUUCACGAAGCUCAGAAUGUGAAGGCGGUGGGAGCUCCGCAGCAUUUCUUUGACUCGCAGCCGGACAAGAGUUACAUAGCGGACAUGGAGCAGUACCGCAGGAUGUACGAGCAGUCUAUCAAGGAUCCGGAGACGUUUUUCGGCGAGAAGGGCAGAGAGUUCUUGGACUGGGACAAGCCAUUCACGAAGGUUAAGUCCGGGAGCUUGGAGAAGGGCGAUGUGGCGUGGUUCCUGAACGGGGAAUUGAACGCAGCGUACAACUGUGUGGACAGACACGCGUUUGCGAACCCAUCGAAACCGGCGUUGAUAUACGAGGCUGACGAUGAGAAGGACAACCGGGUCAUCACGUUUGGAGAGCUGUUGAGACAGGUUUCUGAGGUGGCAGGAGUGUUGAAGAGCUGGGGCGUCAGGAAGGGCGACACAGUCGCUGUGUAUCUGCCCAUGAUUCCAGAGGCUGUGGUUGCCAUGUUGGCUGUGGCCCGUUUGGGUGCUAUCCACUCUGUGGUGUUCGCUGGGUUUUCCGCUGGCUCUUUGAAGGACCGUGUCGUGGACGCUGGUUGCAAAGUGGUCAUUACCUGCGACGAAGGUAAGAGAGGUGGCAAGACUGUGCACACUAAGAAGAUCGUCGACGAGGGCUUGAACGGUGUGGACCAGGUCUCCAAGAUCCUGGUUUUCCAGAGAACCGGCACCGAGGGUAUCCCGAUGAGAGCCGGCAGAGAUUACUGGUGGCACUUGGAAGCCGAGAAACACAGGGGCUAUCUGCCACCGGUUCCUUGUAACGCUGAGGACCCAUUGUUUUUGCUGUACACUUCGGGCUCUACCGGCUCUCCAAAGGGUGUGGUGCACACUACUGGUGGUUACUUGCUUGGUGCUGCAUUGACCACAAGAUAUGUGUUCGACAUCCAUCCAGAAGAUGUGUUGUUCACCGCUGGUGACGUGGGCUGGAUCACAGGCCACACUUACGCUUUAUACGGUCCACUGGUUUUGGGUACCGCCACCAUCAUCUUCGAAUCCACGCCCGCAUACCCAGACUACGGUAGGUACUGGAGAAUCAUUGAGCGUCACAGAGCUACUCACUUCUACGUUGCGCCAACCGCCUUGAGAUUGAUCAAGCGUGUUGGUGAGGCUGAGAUCGCCAAAUAUGACACAUCGUCGCUUCGUGUGCUUGGUUCCGUCGGUGAGCCUAUCUCCCCCGAUCUGUGGGAAUGGUACUACGAAAAGGUCGGUAACAAGAACUGUGUCAUCUGUGACACCAUGUGGCAGACCGAGUCCGGUUCGCACCUGAUCGCACCUUUGGCUGGUGCAGUGCCAACCAAGCCUGGUUCCGCCACGGUUCCAUUUUUCGGUAUUGACGCUUGCAUCAUCGACCCCGUUACUGGUAUCGAGAUCGAGGGCAACGACGUCGAAGGUGUCCUGGCAGUGAAGUCUUCGUGGCCAUCCAUGGCUAGAUCUGUCUGGGAAAACCACAGCCGUUACAUUGAGACCUAUCUAAAGCCAUACCCAGGUUACUACUUCACAGGUGACGGUGCCGGAAGAGACCACGACGGUUACUACUGGAUCAGAGGCAGAGUCGACGAUGUGGUUAACGUCUCCGGUCACAGAUUGUCCACCGCUGAAAUCGAAUCGUCUUUGACCAAUCACGAGAACGUUUCCGAGGCCGCCGUCGUUGGUAUCAGUGACGAAUUGACUGGUCAAGCCGUCAUUGCCUUCGUCUCCUUGAAGGGUGGCUACGUACAGGAAAACGUCUCGGAGGGAGAUGCCGACCAUGUCACUCCAGAGAACGUCCGUCGUGAAUUGAUCUUGCAAGUUAGAGGUGAAAUCGGUCCGUUUGCAGCCCCAAAGAGCGUCAUCUUGGUCAGAGACCUACCAAAGACAAGAUCCGGUAAGAUCAUGAGAAGAGUUCUCAGAAAGGUCGCAUCGAAUGAAGCAGAGCAGUUGGGCGAUUUGAGCACCCUAGCCAACGCCAACGUUGUUCCAGCCAUCAUUUCUGCCACAGAGAACCAAUUUUUUGCUGCAAAGAGAAAAUAA